AUGAAGAAGACGGCCGCCGGAGUGGUGGCGCUGAUGCUAGUUUUAUGCCUCUCGGCUGAGUUAAUGGUGGGGGUCAGGGGUGAAGACCCUUACCUGUUUUUCACUUGGAAUGUCACAUAUGGAACCUUGUCUCCUUUGGGAGUUUCACAGCAAGUGAUUCUCAUCAACGAUCAAUUUCCAGGGCCUGUCAUAAACUCCACAAGCAACAACAACCUUGUCGUCAAUGUCUUCAAUAAUCUUGAUGAGCCUUUCCUUUUGACAUGGAGCGGCAUUCAACAGAGAAAGAACUCAUGGCAAGAAGGAGUGCUUGGAACCAACUGCCCUAUCCUCCCAGGAACCAACUACACCUAUCGAUUCCAAGUGAAAGACCAGAUUGGGAGCUUUCUUUACUACCCAAGCACAGCUUUUCACAGGGCAAAUGGUGGCUUUGGUGGCCUCCAUAUCAAUAGCCGUUUGCUCAUCCCUGUCCCUUAUCCUGAUCCUGAGGAUGACUACACUGUCAUUAUCAAUGAUUGGUUCACCAAGAGCCACAAAACUCUCAGGAGUUUCCUGGAUAAUGGACGCUCCAUUGGUAGGCCUGAUGGUGUUCUAAUCAAUGGCAAGAUUGCAAAGGGUGAUGGUAAGGAUGAACCUCUCUUCACCAUGAAGCCUGGAAAGACAUACAAGUACAGGAUUUGUAAUGCUGGGCUUAAGACAUCCAUCAACUUCAGGAUCCAAGGCCACACAAUGAAGCUUGUCGAGUUGGAGGGCUCUCAUGUGAUGCAAAACAUCUACGAGUCCCUUGACGUGCAUCUUGGCCAAUGUUUGAGCGUGCUUGUAACAGCAAACCAGGAACCAAAAGACUACUAUAUGGUGGCUUCCACUCGAUUCCUAAAGACUGUCCUCACAGGUAAAGGGAUCAUUCGAUAUACUAACGGCAAGGGACCAGCAUCGCCUGAGCUCCCAGAGGCACCUGUAGGAUGGGCUUGGUCUCUCAAUCAAUUUCGUUCCCUCCGGUGGAAUCUCACAGCCAGUGCUGCCAGGCCAAAUCCUCAGGGCUCCUACCAUUAUGGAUCCAUUAACAUUACCCGUACUAUCAAACUCGUUAACUCAGUAAGCAGGACAGGAGGCAAGCUUCGUUAUGCCAUCAAUGGUGUUUCUCAUACGAAUCCCGAGACUCCACUCAAACUUGCUGAGUAUUUCGGGAUUGCAGACAAGGUUUUCAAGUAUGACACAAUUCAGGACAACCCACCUGCUACGAUCGACAAGGUUGUGAUACAACCCAAUGUCCUAAACAUGACCUUCCGUAACUUCGUGGAGAUCAUCUUUGAGAAUCCUGAGAAAAGCAUGCAAUCAUGGCACUUGGAUGGCUACUCCUUCUUCGCAGUCGCUGUGGAGCCUGGAACAUGGACGCCUGAGAAGAGAAAGAACUACAAUCUACUUGAUGCAGUGAGCAGGACCACAGUGCAGGUGUUUCCCAAAUCGUGGGCAGCCAUCUUAUUAACAUUUGACAAUGCUGGAAUGUGGAAUCUAAGAUCUGAGAUUUGGGAGAGAACCUACCUGGGACAACAACUUUAUGCAAGUGUUGUUUCUCCAGCACGAUCUCUCAGGGAUGAGUAUAAUAUACCUGACAAAGCUUUGCUUUGUGGGCUCGUCAAAGAUUUGCCAAAGCCCCCACCAUACACCAUUUAAACUUGCACAUCAUCGUCCUCCCCUGUGCCAUACU